AGCACCAUAGGGGUGGAGUUUGCCACCCGCAGCAUCCAGGUGGACGGCAAGACGAUAAAGGCUCAGAUUUGGGACACGGCUGGACAGGAACGCUACAGAGCAAUCACCUCAGCGUAUUACCGGGGCGCAGUUGGUGCUCUUCUGGUGUACGACAUCGCCAAACACCUAACGUAUGAGAAUGUAGAACGCUGGCUCAAGGAGCUGAGGGACCACGCUGACAACAACAUUGUCAUCAUGCUGGUUGGAAACAAAAGUGACCUCCGACACCUCAGGGCGGUGCCCACUGAUGAGGCUCGGGCCUUUGCAGG